GGCAUAUUCCAGACAAACUACCAACCCAUCCAUAAACCACCAACAAUCAUCGUUCACCCAAUCACAACCUCAAGAUGCCAACAAUUCAGAUGGGCUUCUCAACCCGUCUUUUGACGUUCGGCCUGCUCCUCAUUGCUCUGGUGGCCGGCACUUUUGCCGCUCCUUUGAGUGUCGACCACGAAACCGCCCUUCCGCCCACGGAAGCUCCUCCUCCCCGCCCCGGACCUACUAUAAACAUACAAAGAAGCACCAAUGCAGAAUAUCUGGAGGUCGACAUGACGAUUUUGAACCAAGCUUCCUCAGGGGACUUGUUCAUCAGGAACGCCCAUCUCAACUGGGGCAAGUGGUUCGAAUACCCACACACAGGCGACCAGCUUUCCCACGCCCAAGUGGAAGCCAAAUCCGCCAGCCCAAACGGCGGAUCGAUGGUCGUGGCCUCAUCCGGUAGAGCCUGGACCCCUACCGGCACCGAGGGCCACUUCGACAUCUACCAUGGCGACACCAAGGUGUGCCAUGUCUACUGGGAUUGUCCAUGGAGUCGCAGAUCUAAUUCCUUUGAGAUUUCCGAAGUUGAUGAUAAUUAUGCGGUUGAAGCCACUGGUGGAAGUUUGAACAAGGGUCCGCUGGGAUCUAUUACUAUCGAGGUGGUAAAAACUGGUGAGGGAGAAUGAGCCAGAUGCGUUUUGGGGUGCACCUAGGUAGAGGUGGUUGAUUAGGCGGUUUGCUGUGGAGGAGAGGAGGAAGCGAGUUCAGAUGGCUCGGCUAUGGGUAAAGAGGGAGAAGGAGAUCUUCGGUGGGUGACAGUUUUGAUUAGAGACCCUGAUUGAUGAGCUUAGCGUUUGAAGCAUUUUGGUUUUCUGGGGGGUGACAGAGGCCUCGUAAGUGUAUGAUUUGGUAGUCUAGUCACCUAAAUUCGAUGGAUCAACCGC